UAGUUUAUCUGAAUUAGCAGCUGUUAUGAUUAGACAGAUAACACCUGACCACUGAAUUAUGUGGCACAAACAACUGAAUUUUGUCUCCAGACUUGUGCAAAGUACUCAGUUGACAAACAACAAUCGCAACCCCAUCUAGUGAGUAAUUUAUUUAGUUAUUUAUUUGAAAACAUAAAUGUUAGUACAAAGGGUCAUCAGAUAUAUAUGCACCACACAAUAACAAUGAGAAUGGGAAGAGAUAAAGAAUGUAAGGUGCGUACAAGAAAAAAGUGGAACAAUAAAGAACAGAAAUUCAUGUAUGAUAGUGAAGUAAUAAUAAUGGGAAAGGAGGUUCAGUUAGCAAAGGUACAACCAGAAAGAAUUCUUCCAGUUAAAGAAGUUACGUCCAUUUUUUGUGAAGAAAGUAAAAUAAAGUUACAGCAGGAUCGCAAUUGGCUUCUAUUCUGGGCCAUAUCUGACAAUGUCUCUAGCCACUAUGUUGCACCAUCUCUAGGAAUUCAACCAGGGAGUCGUAAAGAGCCAACAGAAGCCAGUCCUGCACAGCUUUCUUUCAUAGCACGAUAUCAUGUCAUACACUGACCACCUCUCUACUUUUC